AUGGACGUUUUCAAUUCUGCUCUCAGAAACCCGCUACCUCCCCUGCGCAAGAAACUGGAAAGACGAAGGUCUGGCGACUCCGACCUGCUGCCCGUGGUGCCACCCGUCGAGGUCAACCAUAUUGAAGACGACCGCCGCAAGAAAAAGAACUCUCGCCGCAAACACCGCAACUCCCAUUUGGGAUGUGGCACAUGCAAGAAAAGACGGAUCAAGUGUGACGAAAACCUACCGCAAUGCUUCAAUUGCGUCAAGGGAAAGCUCCACUGUGCUUAUUUGAACUUGGAUGCACCCGCACGCAAUGCCUUGCGAAUGGCCCAGUACAAUCAGAACUUGCGCCAGGACAGAAAUGAUGAUCCCGCAAACAAGUCGGCCAAAGAUGUCGAGUCCGGCGAUGAAUCUCUUAGGGAGCCUGCUAUGCAAGGUCCAGUUGUUCAUGUUGAACCUUACUAUCAGGGCUAUACUCCGUACCAGAUGGUGCCUCAAGGAGCAGCGGCUCCGCCUGCUGGAGCUGCCAAUGGCGCUCCGGUGGCCAUUACGACUGGCGCAAUUGCUACGCCUGUCCAACCUCCAAGUCUGGUAGUGCAACAUCCUGGCGCUCCUCAUCAGCCUCUUGGCGCUCCCGCCGGCCCCGCUUACAUUCAAUCGCCCUACGCUUCGAUGGUCCAGUUUCAGUCCGUGCCUUCCAUUCCUGGUUAUCCUCCAGUGGCUGUACAGGUAGUUCAAGCACCGCUGGGCCACCAGGUAGUCUAUCAAAACCCCGAACAGUUGCCAUUUUCACCCCAGGUCCACAUGACGCCGGCAAAUAUCGACGGUCAGCCGGUCCUUCUAAUGCAAAAUGCCCAAAUCGACCGCAAUGUCUCGUACGAGUCGGCUCUUGCAGCGCAGCAACAAGGUUAUGGCCAACCACCAAUCCAGAUAUCGCAGGUUCCACAGGCUCAUCCACAUUCAGCUCCAGCGAUGUCAGUUCCACCUGUCUAUAUGGCUUCUGCUGGUCAAUAUCUGACUUCCAUGCCACUUCCUCCUCCUCCUCCACCGGCAACUGUGGGUCCUCCAAACAUUGCUUCUGCACCAGCGUCCAACAAGGACCUCUUGCCUCGAAUUGGAGCACUUUCCAAUACGUCAUCUAUAAAGACAAGUCCCCAGUUGCCAGUGAUCCGGUCCGUUCUGUCUACGCAUUUAGCUAACUCAGACUACGAGCCGAAAACAGAGAAUACUGAUUUUAAGCUUCCACCUAUCAAAGCGGACGCUAAUUCCGCGUCCAAUUCAACAUCGGUCUCCCCAAAAGUGGCCGAUAAAGUGCUGUCCAUUCUGAAGCUUAUCUCGUAA